UUCUUUCUUACGCUCCGGUGCCAUAGCAGUACAUCAUGAGUUGAUGUCAGCUAAAUACACUGAAACCGUAAACGCGGAGUUAAACGGCAAGAAAAUGCUCGACAUGGAUGUUGUAUUUGGAAAAGACACUGCGUACGUAGCGGCAUUAACGAUGCGAGCACCUCAACCAGUCUCGUUUUCAUCCAACGGCGAAUUUGGCGAAUCUGCCAUCAGAGGAGACGUGAAUAUAAACUGGAACGCUGAAAGUCAAGACAGUAACGUCAGAAUUGCAGCUGCUCUCAAUGAUGGAAGUGAUCGCUUCACAAAGAGAAAAGAUAUGUCAAUGACCGUCACACUACCAAGAAAGACAGUCACUGUCACCAGUUCCCUGAGUACGUCUUCCAUUGCUAUGAGCUCCAGCGGAAACAUCAUUAUCGACGGUGUCACCAAAUUUGGAAUUGACUAUGAAACAUCAGCUAAAAACAGACGCAACAACAAGGAACAGAGCAACACG